AUGUGGCAGUCACAACAAAUCGCCGCUGCUUUAGCGGCACAAUCACCUAAAGCCCAAUCUCAAAUUCUUCAACAGAUGUCUUUUAUUCAAUCCCUCCAACAGCCUUUACUCUUACAAGCAGUAGCCACUUCAGCUAAUUUGAAUACGGACAUUUUUGAAUCAAAUCAAAUUACCGGUGGGUCUCACGUGCUCAGUUCUGGUCCAUGCACAAGUACGGAUAUCAAUAAUUAUACGGGUUCAUGUUCUCCUAAUGUGCCUUCUGCCCAAACUUCUCCUAGGACAGCUAAACGUAGGCCUUCUUCACGAUCUUCUCUCAAUACUCCAGCAAAACGUUCUCCAACUGAUGAAAAUAGAUUAAAUGGUACAGCUAGAUCCUCUGGACCUCCGCUUUUGCCAUUCCCAUCCCACACUCGUCCUCGGGAGAUUCCCGCCAUGGAUUACCAAACGUCUUCGGCCCCUCCUCCCUCUGGAGCAGCAGCACUAGCGGUUGACGGUGGUGUCGGUUGCGGCUCGAACUCUGUAGUUACCGCAGCAACGUACUGUUCUUCUGUCGAAGAUGAAGCCGCUUUGGUGGCGCGCUCAUUGCCGUAUCCGCUUGGCAUGCACGACUUGACCAGCGUCAGCCAAUAUUAUGGAUAUCCGCCAGUCCAUAACGAAGUUUGGCCCGGUAUUGGAACGUUUCCUUGUAACUUCCAACCAAUGCAAGCCGCGGCACCGCCAAUGCCUCGACAUCUGUUGUAUGGUCAGCAGAGUCUUCAAUGCGGCAUGGAUCCUUUUUAUAAUAUGUCAGCCCCUUCAUCCUCCACGUCUUUCCUUGAUAGUGGAUUUGGGUCUGUAAACUGUUCAAGCCUAGUUCAGCCUACUCUCGCUUUACAUAGUGUGAUGCAACCUCCGCCUGGGCUAACAAGUGAACGAAUGGCUCAGUAUCUCUCGAACCGCUUAGUAUAUGAUUGUGUGGUUACUAUUUUCCAUGCCAAAGUUGCUCAGAAGUCAUAUGGAAACGAGAAACGAUUCUUCUGUCCUCCACCGUGUAUAUAUUUGACUGGGGGCGGAUGGAAGGGGAAACGAGCUCAGAUGGAGUCUUUCUUGAAAACUUAUAAGGAAAGCCGAAGAGCUUGUGGUGGCCCAGAUCUUCUCCCAGAACUUGAUCGUUAUUCGACUAGCGAAGCUAGCGAGCUUGUUGCCUACAUUGGUAUUGGAGCUCCAUCUGAUCAGGAAAGGCAACAGCUAGAUUUUACCAAUGGAAAAGAUUACUGUGCUGCAAAGACAUUGUACAUUAGUGAUGCCGACAAAAGAAAAUAUUUUGAGCUUUCGAUUCAGUUUUUCCAUGCAGUUGGGUUCGAGAUAGGGUUGUUCAAUUCUCAAAGAAUCAAGGUUAUAAGUAAGCCUUCGAAGAAGAAGCAAAGUAUGAAAAACACUGAUUGCAAGUACUUAUGCAUUGCUUCCGGAACAAAAGUUGCUCUAUUUAAUCGUCUUCGAUCGCAAACUGUAAGCACUCGCUAUCUACAUGUAGAAGAUGGGGUAUUCCAUGCGAGCUCUACUAAGUGGGGAGCCUUUACUAUUCACUUGUAUGAUGAUGAGGAAGGAAUUGCCGACCAAGAACGAGAAAACUUCCUAGUAAAGGAUGGUUUUGUUUAUUAUGGGUCUGUUAUUAAGUUGGUUGAUAGCGUUACAGGCCUUGCUUUGCCAAGGUUGAGAAUUAGAAAGGUUGACAAGCAAAUGGUAAUUCUGGAUCCUUCAACUUCUGAGGAGCCUGUUUCUCAACUUCACAAAUGCGCUUUCCAAAUGAUGGAUAACGAACUUGGAUAUUUGUGCCUGAAUCAUGAUAAGAUCAUUCAGCAUCAAGCUACUCCAUUCGAUGGAAAUCGUCAUCAAAUCAGUGAUGGCGCGGCAUGGACCAUUAUUUCUACAGACAAAGCUGAAUAUCGCUUUUACGAAGCCAUGGGUCCGACAAAUCGCACCAUAACUCCGGUUCCCAUAGUUUUAUCCAUGGAAAUCACUGGUGGCGAUCAUAUGGCCAGAGUUACAUUCAGCGGUUAUAACUUCAAAGCAAAUCUUAAAGUCUGGUUUGGAGCUACACCUGUUGAUACUACCUGGAGAUCUGAAGAAUCGUUAACAUGUAUGAUUCCACCGUGGUCUACUAUCAAGAUGGAUGGAGCUUACCAACCUUAUGCCCAAGAUUUGGAGGUUCCAAUCUGUUUAGUCAGAGAUGACGGUGUUAUAUAUUCUACCAAUCUGACAUUUUCUUACAAAAACUUGCAACACAAACGCAUAAAAGCGGAUUUCGGAUAA